GACAGCAAGGACAGCAAUGCGGAAAUGCAACGAGCGGUAACAACCAUCAAGGCCUACGUGAAGAACAAGGACCUGCCCAAUGUGACUGCCGUUUUCAACCGCCUGAAGAAGAACGGGGUCACCAUGCGCUCUCAAAUCUACAACUGUUACCUCGACGCCUGCGUCCAGUGCAACGAUAUUGAUGCUGCCUUGUCGCUUUUCGAGGAGAUGAAACAGCUUGGCUUCGUGGAUGUGGUCAGCUACAACACUGUCCUGAAGGGCUACCUGGCCUCUGGCCGCCUUGCUGAAGCUCGCAAUCUCGUGCAGGAGAUGAGCUCGCGCGGCCUCGCGGCAAACAAGGUCACGUACAACGAGCUCUUGAAUGCUAAAGUAUCCGCGCGAGAUCGUGUGGGCAUGUGGAGCAUCGUGGAUCAAAUGCUCUCCGCCGGCCUCAAGGCAAACCUCAUCACGUGCUCCAUCCUCCUGAAGUCUUUGACGCAGCACUCAGCUGAGACAGAUUUGGCACGCGUGAUGAGCCUCAUUGACAGUGUCGAGGAGCCAAUCGAUGAAGUUCUCUUCUCAUCCAUCAUCGAGGCCUGCAUCCGCAUCAAGAGGUUGGACAGCCUCUCAGAUUUUAUCGGCCGGUACAAGCUGAAAGGCCUCUUCAAGAACAUCUCGGCUCCCAUCUACGGAGCCAUGAUCAAGGCCUUUGGUGAGGCUGGCAAUAUUCAUCAGGUCCGGGAGCUCUGGGCCCAGCUGCAGAACAACAAUGUCAAACCCACCGCCAUUACCAUUGGCUGCGUGGUGGAAGCCUUGGUCAUCAACAAGCAGGGAGAGGAAGCCUGGCAACUUGUGCAGGACCAGUUGCAGUAUGCUGACCGCAAGAGCAUGAUCAACACGGUGGUUUACUCGACUGUGCUGAAGGGCUUUGCGGUGUCGAAGCGCAUUGACAAAGUGCUUGCCGUAUACAAGGAGAUGCGAAACAACAGCAUCGCGUGCAACACCAUCACCUACAACACGAUGCUGGAUGCAUGCGCGAAAUGCAAUUCGAUGGAGAAGGCCUCGAUGCUGCUGGAAGAUAUGCGUGAAUCCAAGAUCGAGCCAGACAUCAUCACCUACUCCACCAUCAUCAAAGGUUACUGCCUGAAUGGUGAUGUGGAGCGCGCCUUGAGUGUUCUCGAGGAGAUGAAACGGGAUGGACACUUCAUGCCGGAUGAGAUCAUGUACAACUCCAUCUUGGAUGGCUGCACCAAGCAGCGCAACGUCAGCGAGGCGCUCCGUCUCCUGGAUGAGAUGAAG